AUGGCUCUCACAGGCCUCUCCCUGCGGGUGGCAUUCACCUUCACCUGUGGUAUCUCCUACCUGCUCUAUGGCUACGACCAAGGCUUUAUGAGCGGUGUUCUCAUCGCCGAUGACUGGUUGGUCCAGAUGAAUCAUCCCUCGACGUUCAUGCAAGGUUUCAUCACAAGCAUUUACGAGCUUGGCUGUCUUGGCGGGUGUCUUGUUAGCUUCGUGUUCAGUGAAUAUAUCGGCCGAAAGAAACCCAUCAUGAUCGGAACAGUUCUCAUCAUCAUCGGCGCUGUGCUUCAGACCGCCGCCUUUGGGCAGCCCCAAUUCAUGGUCGGCCGUGUAAUUAGCGGCAUCGGCACUGGCCUCAACACGUCUAUCAUCCCUAUCUGGCAAGCCGAGACCCUACCCGCCAAGACUCGCGAGUUGUUUGGAUCGUUCCAAUAUCUGCUUGUCUGCUUCGGUGCCAGUGUCUCGUACUGGAUGAACUAUGGUUUUUCCUAUGUUGGAGGCCAGUUCGAGUGGCGCUUCGCGGUUGCUGCGCAGAUGAUAUUUGCCGUCGUCUUGCUGAUCAUCGUCCCCUUCAUGCCCGAGUCUCCUCGCUGGCUCAUGGCCCACAAUCAUCCGAGCGAGGCUGUCGAUAACCUUCUCAAGAUGCACGGCGUCACCGAUCCGCAGGAUGCUGAGGUUCAGACCGAGAUCAAGCUGAUCAACCAGGCCAUCGAGCUCGAGGCCGUGGCCAACUCUGUGAGCUGGUUUGAGAUUUUCAAGAACCACAAGGAGACACAAAACUUCCGUCGCGUUGCCCUAGGUUGGUCAUUGAUGGCAAUGGUUAUGUUAAGUGGUGUUUGUUCGAUUGGUUAUUACAUUUCCUAUCUGUUCGAAACUUCCGUCGGUCUCUCGCACAACCUCUCCCUCUUGCUGUCCGGCUUCAACGGACUGUGGUACAUGGCAUCGGCAGUUAUUCCUCCUUUCAUCAUUCACCGUGUUGGUAAGCGUGGCUGCCUCAUGAUUGGCGCUUUCGGCAUGGGAGUCUGCUUCCUGACCAUGGCUCUCGGGAUCCGCUCCGGGUCCUAUGGCGCAUCCAUCGUUGUCGUCAUCGCCUUCUUCCUGUACUACACCUUCUUCGCCAUCGGUUAUCUCGCCGUGCCAUGGUUAUACUGUGCCGAAAUUUUGCCUCUACACUUACGUAGUAAGGGUAAUGCCGUGACCACAUCCUCCAAUUGGCUCUGGAACUUCGCCACUGUCAUGAUGACGCCCAGCACCAUGUCGUCCCAGGGGUGGAAGGGCUACCUGAUCUUCACCGUCUUCAACUUUGCCUUCAUUCCCUUCAUCUACCUCUUCUACCCGGAGACCACCGGCAGGAGGCUGGAGCAGAUCGACGCCAUCUUCUACAAGACUGGCGCCAUCGUGGCGGGGACACAGUGGGCAAAGAAGGGCCACUUUGAGUCUGAUGCUCUCGAGAGUGCGCUGGCGGAGCAGACCAAGGGUGCUGGUUUCGAUGGGAAGGAUGAGCAGGUCGAGCGGUCGCGUGAGAUCUAG